UUUCUCUGGAAGUACUGGUCAGCCCAGUGACUGGCCCUCCUUUCCGGCCCUUAAUACAGUAGCCGAUGGAGCUUUCUUACCAGACCCUCAAAUUCACGCACCAGGCACGGGAAGCGUGCGAGAGGAGGACAGAAGCACGACGAAAAACUCUUCUUAUUUUGAUUCUGCAUUAUUUGACACAAGAAGGAUAUAUCGAUGCAGCCAAUGCUUUGGAGCAAGAAACUAAACUGAGGUUACGACACUUUGAAGUCUGUGACAACGUUGACCUUGAAACUAUUUUGAUGGAAUAUGAGAGCUAUUAUUUUGUAAAAUUUCAGAAAUACCCCAAAAUUGUCAAAAAGGCAUCAGACACAGCGGAAUAUAACUUACCACAAAGAAGCGGAGGGAAGACCAGAAGGGUGAUGAGCGACAAUAGUCAAAAUCUUUCCAAGAUUAGUCAGCAGAGGCCUCGGUCCAGAGCCAUGGCGGGGAAGCCAGCGGAGGCCAAAUCUGUCCAUAAGGAGCAUCCUAAGCAGGAGCCUGUCAGUAAUACUCACACGGAGGGUGCUGACUUUGGCUUGAGUAUAUCAGGAAUCCACAAAGGCAGCAGAGAAGAAAAGAUCUGCCCACAAAAAGGUCAAAUCAUCAACUUCCGAGGGCUGCUCACAGAUGCCAUCCCAGGAGCAACCGGCGAAGUCAGCUUGAACAGCCUCGACUGUAACCCGGACCCCUCAGAACGGUUGUUGAAACCUCUGAGUGCAUUUAUUGGCAUGAAUAGUGAGAUGCGAGAAUUGGCAGCCGUGGUGAGCCGGGACAUUUAUCUCCAUAAUCCAAACAUAAAGUGGAAUGACAUUAUUGGACUCGAUGCAGCCAAGCAGUUAGUCAAGGAAGCCGUGGUGUACCCUAUAAGGUACCCAGAGCUGUUUACAGGAAUUCUCUCUCCCUGGAAAGGACUGCUUCUCUAUGGCCCUCCAGGUACAGGAAAGACUUUACUGGCCAAAGCUGUGGCCACGGAGUGCAAGACAACCUUCUUUAACAUUUCUGCAUCUACCAUUGUCAGCAAAUGGCGAGGGGAUUCAGAAAAACUUGUUCGGGUGUUAUUUGAACUUGCCCGCUAUCAUGCCCCCUCCACCAUCUUCCUGGACGAGCUGGAGUCAGUGAUGAGUCAGAGAGGCACGGCUCCUGGGGGCGAGCACGAAGGAAGCCUCCGGAUGAAGACAGAGUUGCUGGUGCAGAUGGAUGGGCUGGCUCGCUCAGAAGAUCUCGUGUUUGUCUUAGCAGCCUCUAACCAGCCAUGGGAGCUGGACUGUGCCAUGUUACGCCGCCUGGAGAAAAGGAUUCUGGUCGGUCUCCCCAGCCGCGAGGCCAGGCAGGCCAUGAUCCACCACUGGCUACCCCCCGUGAGCAAGAGCAGAGCCCUGGAGCUGCGCGCGGAGCUGGAGUACGGCGUGCUGAGCCAGGAGACGGAGGGCUACUCGGGCUCAGACAUUAAGCUGGUGUGCAGAGAAGCAGCUAUGCGGCCUAUGAGGAAGAUCUUCAGCGCGCUUGAAAAUCACCAGUCAGAGAGCCCCAAUUUACCUGGAAUCCGGCUGGAUACGGUGACCACUGCUGACUUCUUAGAUGUGCUAGCUCACACCAAGCCUUCCGCAAAGAAUCUGACGCAGAGAUACUCAGCCUGGCAACGUGAGUUCGAGUCUGUAUGAAAUCACAUUUAUCCUGACCUGGCCACAGAAACCACCACAGAGGCCUCCUGAUUUACUAGUAUAAGAAGAAGAAUGUAAUGAUUGGAAUAGAAAAAGUCAUUCUGGAAGACUGAGUUAGUUUGGACAACUGUACUAUUUUGGAAAUAGGAGAUACUUUUCUGUCAGUUUUUCAUGACUGAUGCCAGCAAUAUGUUGCAGAUUUCAGUUACAGGUGUAUUUGCUAUUCGUCACGCAGUAGAGACUUCUCUCACCAA